AAAAAAAUUUUUGAAAAAAAUCAAUUUUAUGCUAAUAAUUUGAAGAUAAUAUUAGUUUAUUUGAAAUUGUACGUUAGACAUUAUAGGAAUUUGUUUUUUAACGGGUUUUCUACACCAAUUUUUCGUGAAUUUAGUCAUUUUUUGGUUAUGAAUGAAAUUGAAAAAGGAUCAGAAGUAUUUAAAAGGGAUAAUCAAACGCCAGAUGCCUUAGGAGAAGAUAAGGAUUAUCAAAAGAUUAAUGAGGGAAGGGCUUCUCUUUUUAUUCCGAAAAAGAAUGAGGUAAACAAAUGAAAAUGGCAAAAAUAGAGUGAUUACAAGCAAUAAGGUAUUUUACAAUCCUGUUCAAACUUUCAAUAGAGAUUUAAGUGUGAUUGUUAUUCGUUCUUGGAGUGAGUUUUUUCUUAGAAAUAAAAAAGAAUUGUUAGAAAAGAAAAAACAAAAAAAAGAAAUUAAACGACAAAAAAUAAUACCUUUAUUAGAAAAAGAAGGAAAAGAAGAAUUAAGUAUUACAUCGGAAUCAUGUUUUGUUAAUUCUUUCAAAGAAAAGGGGACUUCGAAUGAUAUAGACAAAUUUAAUUCUGUAGAUAACCUAGAUAAAUUAUGUUUACCAAGUUUUAAUAUUCUUGAUGCUUUUUCAGCAACGGGAAUUCGUGCAAUUCGGUAUAUAAGAGAGAUCCAAAAUAUUGAAUAUGUUAUGGCAAAUGAUUAUGCUAAAUCAUCUAUUGAAAUGAUUAAAAAAAAUUCUAUAUAUAAUAAUGUUUCUGAAAAAAUAAAACUUAGUUUUGAAGAUGCACGUUUUCUUAUGUAUAAACAUGUUAUUCAAAGGAAACACCUUGAUGUAAUUGAUCUUGAUCCUUAUGGAACAGCUUCUCCAUUUAUUGAUGCGGCAGUACAAUCUGUUUCUGAUGGAGGUCUUCUUUGUGUUACAUGUACAGAUCUUGCAGUACUAGCAGGUGGAGGCUAUCCGGAAAAGUGUUUUUCUAAUUAUGGCUCUAUGCCUUUUCGUAAUUCCGUUUUUUGUCAUGAACAGGCACUUAGAAUUGUUUUGCAUACUAUUUCUUCGUCUUCUGCAAGAUAUGGGCGUUACAUUACACCAUUAUUAAGUAUUUUUGCUGAUUUCUAUAUACGGUUGUUUGUUAAAAUUGAAACAUCGCCAUAUAAUGUUAAAUUUCUUCAUAACAAUAUAAUGAUGUCUUAUUUAUGUUCUGGAUGUUAUACAUUCUAUAAUCAGCCAAUUGGAAAAACAUCUCCAUCUAAAAAUUUGAAUACGUAUAAACAUUUUAAUUCUCAAGGCCCAAUUGUUAGCCCUAAUUGUGAAUUUUGUGGAUUUAAAUUACAUAUUUCUGGACCGAUGUGGUCAGGUCCAUUGCAUGAUAAAGAAUUUGUAAAAAAUGUUUUAAAUAUUCUUGAAUCUGAAUCCAUUGAUAUUUAUGAGACACUUCCUCGCAUGAAAAGAAUGCUUUCAAUUAUAGAAGAUGAAUUAGUGAAUCCAUUUUAUUAUAGCCCGGCACAUCUCUCAAAAAUUCUUCAUUGCCAAACUCCGCCAUUAAAGGAUAUUGCUUCUGCAUUAAUUAAUUUUGGUUAUCUCGUUUCUUUUACACAUGCAUCUCCAGGUUGUAUAAAAACAAAUGCUUCUCCAAAGAUAUUAUGGGAUAUUAUGAAAUCUUGGAUAAAACAAUGUCCUGUAAAUAAAGAACAUAUUCAUGAUGGAACUGCUGGAAAAGAAAUACUUAAAAGUGAACCCGAUAUCUGCGUUAAUUUCCUUUUUAAUCCAAAUAUUAAUAAAAUUUUUAAACGUGGACUUGUUAAAUAUCAAUUAAAUCCUACAAAAAAUUGGGGCCCUAAAGCAAAAGCAAAAGUAGGAACAAGAACAAAUGGAAAUGAAAACGAAAAUCUGGUUUAA